ACAAAUACCCUUUUUGAUUAUCAGUUUACUCCGGACUGUCAGUCGGGUCGUACGGAAAACCCGCGCUUUUGCCGCGAAAAUGUUGCGGCAAAUAAUUAUUUUUAACGCAUUGUGCGUAUUUUUUGCGGCCAGUUUUAAUCUGGUCAAUCCUGGUCCUGCCUUUCCACCGACGAAAGGAGAAGUAUGGCCUAAACCGCAACAACAAAUAAAAGAAAUUACUUAUUUUAGACUAUCACCUUCAGUUUUUAAGUUUUCGGAAAAAGGAAUGACAUGCGACAUAUUACAAAAUGCCAUACAGCGGUACACUGCCGUAUUAAGGUCGACCCACCACAUAGCCUGGAGGCACUCCAAGAAAAUUUGGAAGUAUGUGCAGGUCGAGCCUCGACCCAUUGACCAGGACCCUGCCUUCAAAGGAAAUUUGCAGGAACUGCAAAUAGAUCUGAAGAGACAGUGCGAGGCGUACCCACAUUUAGAUAUGGAUGAGAAAUAUAGUCUCAAUGUAUCUACGGUGUCAACACUGACCAGUGACUCGAUAUGGGGCAUCCUCAGAGGAAUGGAGACUUUCGCACAACUAUUUUACAUGUCUAACGGAUAUAAAGAAGUUCUGAUAAAUUCAACGCAGAUCGUCGACUUCCCUAGAUAUACCUACCGAGGCCUCCUGAUCGACACAUCGAGGCAUUACAUUAGCGUAGCAAAUAUCCUGAAAACCUUGGACGCCAUGGAAAUGAACAAGAUGAAUGUCUUGCACUGGCAUAUAGUGGACGACCAGAGUUUCCCUUAUCAGAGCGAGAAAUUCCCGCAGUUAAGUGAGCAAGGCGCUUACGACCCUUCGAUGAUAUACACCAAGACGAAUAUCAACCAGAUCGUCACUUACGCCAGGGACAGGGGCAUUCGAGUUCUUCCCGAAUUUGAUGUACCAGGACACACAAGAUCUUGGGGAGUUGCUUACCCAGCUAUCUUGACGAAAUGCUAUCAAUAUGGCGAGAUGGUUGGCUUAGGGCCUAUGGAUCCCACCAACAAUGUUACCUACAAACUCAUCGGGGAUCUAUUCAAAGAGGUUCAGGAACGAUUCCCGGACAAAUACUUUCAUCUGGGGGGUGAUGAAGUGGCUCUGGAGUGCUGGUCAUCAAAUCCGGAUCUAAUGAAAUUCAUGAAUGACCACAAUAUGACUUCGGCCAGCGAAUUACACGCUUACUUCAUGACCAACGUCCUUCCAUUACUGGGCCAGAAGUCCAAGCCCAUUGUUUGGCAAGAAGUUUUCGAUGAAGGUGUAAAACUGCCCAGCGAUGCCAUCGUACAAGUUUGGAAAACUGUUGGCCCUGAAGACAUGGUCCGAAUCCUCGAAGCCAAUCACAAAGUCAUCUACUCGUCAUCAUGGUAUCUGGACUACUUGGCUACGGGUGGAGACUGGGACAAAUUCUACACGGUUGAUCCUCGACAGAUGAUCCCAAGACAUUACAAAGAGUUGGAUCUCAACAACAUUCUGGGAGGCGAGGCUUGCAUGUGGGGCGAAUCCGUCGACGAUAGAAAUUUGAUUAGCAGGGUAUGGCCUCGUGCAAGCGCGGUGGCCGAAAAACUGUGGAGCGCCGAACAACCUCGUUUCUACUACUACAGGCACGUCGCCAACGAAGUGAGCUGCCGGCUAGAGGAGCAUGCUUGUCGCAUGAACCGCCGCGGCGUUCACGCACAACCGCCCAACGGACCCGGAUUUUGCGUCGCUUAAACAUUUGUUAGUUAACAUAGUUACCUACUGCAAUUCGUGAUUAGGCAUAGUUACUUUCUUAAGAUUUAUAAACAAUUAAAAGUUUUUCUUUAUUAAA